UAAAUAAUAGAAACUUAAAAUAUCCUAACUUAAUAAAAUAUUUCUCAUUUGUUUUCUCCUCUUGUGAAGAAUAAAAAAGGCCCAUGAAAGCUCUUACCUUAAUAAUCCUCACAUUCUCCAUUGGUGUCUUCUCACAUGCAACACCAAUAUUGGUCACUCUUAACCAUACCGAACAACAAAUUAAUGAGACUAGACUAAGUGGUAGUAAUUGCUUUUACACCAUUGACAUAAAGACAAGUUGCAGUUCUCCAGAAAAUACGACGGAUUUAAUUGGUAUUUUAGUUGGAGACGCCGAAGGGAAUGAGGUUGUUGCAACACUGGAUGGUCCUUAUAUUGGGAUGUUAAAGCCGUGCAUGACGAUUCGAUUUAAUCUAUUGGGACCAUGUAUAGGAAAAAUCUGCAAACUGUAUUUCCAUAGGAUUGGAUUAGAUGGUUGGAUGCCAGAGACCGUCACCGCAUACAACAUUGACGACAACUCUCCUAUCACAUUCACGUUCAACUAUUUCAUUCACGAGAAUCAAUACUCUGGCUUCGACUAUUGUCAUUCAUCCUAAGCAAAAAUUACUUUUUAUAUUCAUUGAAAAAUUGAUGAACCUGAACUAUAAUAUAGUUUAGAUUUAUCAAUUAUUCAAUGAAUUUAAAAAAUAACUUUUGCUUGUAAUUAAGGAUGGAGGAAGUAUAAAUUUAAGGUUAUUGCAUUUUGUCAAAGAUCGAAUCGUCAAUAAGCAUAUAGAAGCAGUAUUAUAUAUACAUAUGUGGGGCUUAAUAUACUCAAAUUAAUAAGGUUUCCUCUUUUUUUUUU